AUGGCUGCAACAACAACAUCCUCCAUAGCAAUUCAAAUCCCCAAAUACCACUUCAUCAUCCGAUCAUCAUCUUCAAAACCCACCUCAGUACCUGUUUCCCAGAAACCCUCUAAUAAACCAGAAAACUCGUUGUCUUUCGCCAGAAACUUGGCUGUAGCUACCACAAUCUUGUCACCCCUAGCCUCUUCCCCAUUAGCCUUAGCAGCAAAGCAAAUAGCCGAGUCACCACAGGAAGAUAACCGAGGUCUCCUCCUUCUGGUGCCUGUUGCAGCUGCAUUAGGAUGGGUGGUUUUCAACAUCUUUGGUCCUGCAUUGAACCAGAUCAACAAAAUGAGGAGCGAUACGAAUGUGACCGUCGUUGGACUCGGGCUUGGUGGGUUGUUAACUGCAGCUGCGUCUAGUGCUGUGUUUGCGCCGAUUGCUUCAGCUGCAAGUGAAGUUGUUGAAGGUGAGGUCGUUGCCGCUUCAGGAGGUGUUCCGCUUCCGUUGAUUGUGGCUGGUUGUGUGGCUUUACAGGUGGUGUUGUUCAGUACUAUGCAAUCAAAGUAUGAGAAAGAGGGGGGUGCUAGUCAUUAA